AUGGUUAACGUCCCCAAGACGCGUAAGACUUUCUGCCCAGGCAAAUGCCGUCGUCACACCAACCACAAAGUCACCCAAUACAAGAAGGGUAAGGAGAGCCGUUUCGCCCAGGGACGUAGACGUUACGACCGUAAACAGAGCGGUUUUGGAGGUCAGACCAAGCCUAUCUUCCGCAAAAAGGCCAAGACCACCAAGAAGAUCGUCCUCAGAAUGGAAUGCACCGACUGCAAACACAGAAUCCAGCUUCCCAUCAAGCGUUGCAAACAUUUCGAACUUGGAGGUCAAAAGAAAUCCCGUGGACAAGUCAUUCAGUUCUAAGGUGAGGCCUUUGAUUUGCUUUUGCUGAUUUUAGGUAUCUAGAGGGUUGGAUUCCUAGGAUUAGAAUUGAGGAGUUUUGGGAUCUUAGGCGGAUAGGAACCAUGAUUUUCGAUAAAUGAUUGUUAUGGGCCGAUACCCCGCCAAAAUUAUAGCUGUUGGACGGUCGCUUCGGAUCUUAAAUGACCCGGUUGCAUCCAUAAACUGCACGACACUCCUUUUGAAACAAUUUUUUUUUAGUAUUUGGGUUAUAGUCUGCUGUUUUAAUGGAAAAACUUCGUGUUCGGGCCCACUCUAUUUUUUGCGGGCUGUAAUAAGGGAACGGACAAGUAGGGGGAUGUCUAAAUUGGCAAAAAACAGAUUUAAUGGUACCUUUUGUGUUUUAUUUAUUUCUAAUUUAUUUAAUGUCACAAAAAGACUUCACGUAAAAUCGUCGUGAACGUUAAUUAAAAAACUCAAUUCGAAGUUCGGCGCAGCUCGGAAAAAAUCCUUUUUUUUUUGGAAUGGGCUAGAACACGGAAGUUUUACCGUUUUAAUAUUACUUUUCUUUAUUAAUGCCUUUGUAGCCUGCUCCAUUCGGUCACGGUGCGGAACGCGAAUCGACUUUCCUUCCCCAUUUUUCGUUAUUCGUUUUGUUGA